CUCUCUUCCUGGCUUGGUAGUUGCUAGGUAACAGUAAACUAAGGCCCCGCGACCUGCAUUAGUGAAGGAUACUGAUUAAGAAAGUGCAGGGACUUAAAUCUUAGCGAGGCACCAUGGAGAUUGUCUACGUUUACAUGAAAAAACGCAGUGAAUUUGGACGUCAGUGCAACUUUACAGAUCGCCCAGCAGAGCUGCAUAUAGAUAUUCUUCCUGACCCCAUCCAAGCAUUAAACUUUAUAGAAAGAAACCCAUGUGAUACAGCCAUCCAAUGUUCCCAUGAUAUGUCUGAACAUGAGGUUAACACCGAAAGGUUUGAGAUGGAAACUCAUGGAAUAAACCACACAGAAGGCGGGUGGCCGAAAGAUAUAAACCCUCAGGAAAUGGAACAGACGAUCCGAUAUCGAAAGAAAGUAGAGAAGGAUGAGAACUAUGUCAAUACCAUCCUGCAGCUGGGGAGUGUAAUGGAGCACUGCAUCAAGCAGAACAAUGCCGUUGAUAUCUAUGAAGAGUAUUUUGAGGAAGAAGAGGAACUUGCAGGAACCGAUGAGGCUCCCUCAGCAAAGACCAUUAAUGUCUUUAGAGAUCCUAAUGAAAUCAAGCGCACAGCCACACACCUAUCAUGGCAUCCAGAUGGCAGCAAGAAGCUCGCUGUAGCUUACUCAUCCUUGGAGUUUCAGAGAGCAUCCAAAGAUAUGAGUUUUGACUCAUAUAUCUGGGAUAUUGAAAACCCAAACAAACCAGAACUAACAUUGAAGCCGGUCUCUCCCCUAGUCAGCUUAGAAUACAACCCUAAGGAUUCACAUAUUUUGGUUGGCGGGUGCUACAAUGGGCAGAUCACAUAUUGGGACACUCGUAAAGGAGGACAACCUGUGGAGAUGUCAGUUAUUGAACAUAGUCACCGCGAUCCUGUCUACAAGGUUAUCUGGCUCCAGUCAAAAACCGGCACAGAAUGUUUCUCUGCUUCCACAGAUGGCCAGGUGAUGUGGUGGGACAUCCGGAAAAUGAGCGAACCCACAGAGAGGUUAAUCCUAGACAUCACCAAGAAAGAAAACUUGGACAUUGCUUUGGGAGCAAUCUCUCUGGAAUAUGAGCCCACCUUGCCAACCAAGUUUAUGGUGGGGACAGAGCAAGGCAUGGUAAUAUCUUGCAACCGCAAGGCCAAAACGCAGGCAGAAAAAAUUGUGUGUACAUACAGCGGGCACCAUGGUCCCAUCUACUCUGUGCAGAGGAAUCCGUUUUUCCCCAAAAACUUCUUAACAGUUGGAGAUUGGACAUCCAGAAUCUGGUCAGAGGACUCCAGGGAAUCAUCCAUUAUGUGGACUAAGUAUCACAUGAGUUACAUUACAGACGCAUCAUGGAGUCCAGUACGGCCAACAGUUUUUCUGACCACCAAAAUGGAUGGAACCCUGGAUGUGUGGGACUUCUUGUUCAAACAGAAUAACCCAGCUUUGAGCCUUAAGGUAUGUGAUGAAGCACUAUACAGCCUCCGUAUGCAGGAUAAUGGUCGCUUCUUGGCCUGCGGUUCUAAGUUGGGAGUCACCACAUUGCUAGAGCUAUCAUCUGGGUUAUGUACUUUACAGAGAAAUGAGAAGAACCUUGCCACAGCAAUGUUUGAAAGGGAGACAAAGCGCGAGAAAAUCCUUGAAGCGCGUCACAGGGAAAUGCGUCUGAAGGAACGUAGCAAAUCUGAGCCAAGUAAAGAAGAUGAGGCCAGGGAGGAAAAAACAGAGGAUAACACAGAAGAGCUAAUAGCAAAGGCAGAAAAAGAGUUCUUUGAAAUAAUUGAGGCAGAGCGCAAACGCAUGGAGCUGGAAGAGAAGAAAGGAGAUGAACAGCAGGCGAAAUAUGUUUCAGAGGAAAAAGACUAAGGCUUGCAGAUGGAGUCUCCUCUGUCCUCCACUCAUUACCUGUAUUAAUGGCACCUGUUUGAACUUGUUAUCAGUAUAAAAGACACCUGUCCACAACCUCAAACAGUCACACUCCAAACUCCACUAUGGUGAAGACCAAAGAGCUGUCAAAGGACACCAGAAACAAAAUUGUAGACCUGCACCAGGCUGGGAAGACUGAAUCUGCAAUAGGCAAGCAGCUUGGUGUGAAGAAAUCAACUGUGGGAGCAAUAAUUAGAAAAUGGAAGACAUACAAGACCACUGAUAAUCUCCCUCGAUCUGGGGCUCCACGCAAGAUCUCACCCCGAGGGGUCAAAAUGAUCACAAGAACGGUGAGCAAACAUACCAGGACCACACAGGGGGACCUAGUGAAUGACCUGCAGAGAGCUGGGACCAACGUAACAAAGGCUACCAUCAGUAACACAGUACGCCGCCAGGGACUCAGAUCUUGCAGUGCCAGACAUGUCCCCCUGCUUAAGCCAGUCCAUGUCUGGGUCCGUCUGAAGUAUUCUAGAGAGCAUUUGGAUGAUCCAGAAACGGAUUGGGAGAAUGUCAUAUAGUCAGAUGAAACCAAAGUAGAACUGUUUGGUAGAAACACAACUCGUUGUGUUUGGAGGAGAGAGAAUGCUGAGAUGCAACCAAAGAACACCAUACCUACUGUGAAGCAUGGGGGUGGCAACAUCAUGCUUUGGGGCUGUUUCCCUGCAAAGGGAACAGGACGACUGAUCCGUGUACAUGAAAGAAUGAAUGGGGCCAUGUAUCGUGAGAUUUUGAGUGCAAACCUCCUUCCAUCAGCAAGGGCAUUGAAGAUGAAACGUGGCUGGGUCUUUCAGCAUGACAAUGAUUCCAAACACACCGCACGGGCAAUGAAGGAUUGGCUUCGUAAGAAGCAUUUCAAGGUCCUGGAGUGGCCUAGGCAGUCUCCAGAUCUCAACCCCAUAGAAAACCUUUGAGGGAGUUGAAAGUCCGUGUUGCCUAGUGACAGCCCCAAAACAUCACAGCUCUAGAGGAGAUCUGCAUGCAGGAAUGGGCCAACAUACCAGCAAUAGGGUGUGACAACCUUGUGAAGACUUGCAGAAAACGUUUGACCUCUGUCAUUACCAACAAAGGAUAUAUAACAAAGUAUUGAGAAGAACUUUUUAUUUUUAUUUUAUUAUGAUUUUUAUUGAGGAAGAAAAA